CCCCGGCACCCGCAGAGACUGGAGCCCCGAGGAGGCGGUAGAAGCUCGGGUCGGGGCGCUGGGACGCACCCGCCAGGCUUCAGUUCUCCUCCCCUCCCCGCCGCGGGCCCCCGCGCUCCGCCGAGGUCGGCCCCAGGGCGCGGAGAGGCGUGGCCGGCCCUGGCGGACCCUGGAGGCGGCCAUGGCCUCGGUGGUGGAAUACAAAGGGCUCAAGGCCAGCUACCACUGCGGCUACUGCGGCUCCGAGGAGGGCAAGGUGUCCUGCGGCAUGUGGGCGCAUUCCAUGACCGUACAGGAUUAUCAGGAUCUUAUAGAUCGAGGAUGGCGAAGAAGUGGGAAAUAUGUGUACAAGCCUGUCAUGAAUCAAACAUGUUGUCCUCAGUACACGAUAAGGUGCCGACCUUUACAGUUUCAGCCAUCAAAAUCUCACAAGAAGGUUUUGAAAAAAAUGUUGAAAUUUCUGGCUAAAGGGGAAAUUUCCAAAGGAAAUUGUGAGGAUGAGCCCAUGGAGCCCAGCAUGGACGAGAGCGUUGCAGGUGACUUUGCAUUAAUAAAUAAAUUGGAUAUACAGUGUGACCUUAAAACACUCAGUGAUGACCUCAAAGAGACCUUUGAGAGUGGGGAGAAGAAGAAAGGAAAAAGCCCAAAGAAAGAAGAACCUAAGGAAUUAAUUCAAUCACAACAUAUAGAGGAGAAGUUGGGCUCUGGUGAGCCAUCCCAUCCAGUUAAAGUGCACAUGGCUCCUAAGCCAGGCAAAGGGGCAGAUUUGAGUAAGCCUCCAUGUCGGAAAGCAAAGGAAAUCCGAAAAGAAAGGAAAAGGUUAAAACUCAUGCAGCAGAACCCAGCUGGAGAACUUGAGGGUUUCCAGGCUCAAGGUGAACCACCAUCUUUGUUCCCACCAAAGGCUAAUAAAUCCAACCAGCCCAAAUCACUUGAAGAUUUAAUUUUUGAAUCUUUACCAGAGAAUGCAUCACACAAGUUAGAGGUGAGGGUGGUGAGAUCAUCUCCACCAAGUUCUCAGUUCAAAGCCACAUUUCAGGAGUCUUACCAGGUCUAUAAACGUUACCAGAUGGUUAUUCACCAGGACCCACCUGAUAAACCAACUGUGAGCCAGGUGAGGUUAGUACCUGUCUCCUUUGAGGACCCAGAGUUCAAGUCGUCCUUCAGCCAGUCAUUUUCUUUAUAUGUCAAGUAUCAAAUGGCCAUACACCAGGAUCCACCUGAUGAAUGUGGGAAGACGGAGUUUACAAGGUUCCUUUGCAGCUCCCCUCUGGAGGCUGAGAACCCCCCUCAUGGACCAGAUUGUGGUUAUGGCUCCUUUCACCAGCAGUACUGGCUUGAUGGAAGAAUCAUUGCUGUGGGAGUGAUUGACAUCCUUCCAUACUGUGUAUCUUCUGUCUAUUUGUACUAUGAUCCUGAUUAUUCAUUCCUGUCUUUGGGUGUCUACUCCGCACUACGAGAAAUUGGUUUUACUAGGCAACUUCAUCAGAAAACAUCUCAACUCAGCUAUUAUUAUAUGGGUUUCUACAUUCAUUCAUGUCCCAAGAUGAAAUAUAAGGGUCAGUAUAGACCUUCUGAUUUGUUGUGUCCUGAGACGUAUGUUUGGGUGCCCAUUGAGCAGUGCCUGUCGUUGCUUGAGAAUUCCAAGUACUGCCGUUUCAACCAGGACCCAGAAGCAGUGGAUGAAGGUCGCAGCAAGGAGCCCGACCGGCUGCAGGUGUUCCACAAGAAAGCCAUCCUGCCCUACGGCGUCUACAAGAGGCAGCACAAGGCGGCGGCCGAGGAGGCGGCGGUGCUGCAGUACGCGCGGCUGGUGGGGCAGGCGUGCGCCGAGCGGAUGCUGCUGCUGCGGAACUGACGGCGGCGCGCCCCGCACCCCUACGCACCCCUACGCACCCCCGCCUGCCCACAGAUGAGAUAUUUUUUAUUUUGACUCCUCUAUGGCUUUUCUAAACCAUUUUGUGGCGGCGUUUGCGUGAGAAUCCCCGGCCCCUGUAAAGAUUUGGAAAACGGGCCGUGACCUGGCCUCCUCGUGGGGGUCUCUCGUUCCGGAAGUUUGUUUUAUGAACAAGAUACGGUAUCGACGUCUCAUGUUAAUAUUUUGGAAAGUAAAAUGAGUAGGUGGAUCUUAAGUCUUUUAAACACCGUCGUGCUUUUUUUGGUCCAAGAAAUCACAGCCGACUGCUCAGAGCAGUUUGACCUUGGCUGAUGCCAGGAGACCUAGGGCUGCGGAAGAAGGUGGGGAGUCGGCCUACCUCUUCGCAGACUCUUCGCAAGAGCACUCCGUGUUUCGUAUCCCUGCCGAAGGUUGUGUAGUUGAUAGAACAGAAGAUACAAACCUUAAAGGCGGUCCUGUGAACCUCAGAGGAUCAUUUACCCACGACAGCCCCCGUGCUGUCAUGUCUCUUGUCUUCACACGAUUGUUUUUUCCUAGAAUAAUUAUUACUCUCAAAUAAUUUUACACUCAAAAGUAUCCCAGUUUGACAACGAAGUAAUAUGAUUACCCUAGUUGCACGUAUUAUUCAUUCUAUUUCUAAAAAUCGAAGAAAUGGAGGUUUUGGGGGGGGGGGUUGUUGGUUUUUUGUUUGGGGGGCUUUUUUUUUUUUUGCCUGUUUUAAGAAAAUGUUAGCUCCUGCCUUGACCUAAGACCCAUCAGAAGUAACUGUAUGCUAAAUUUUUCACUCCUUAGAACUCAGGACACUUGUCUUCGGUUAUUGAUUAAAAAUGAGUUAAUAUCUGACUCCUUUUAUAGCUGUGCUACAAACCACGUUUAAUGAAGCAUAGGAAUCAUCUUGACCUCUGUUCCAGGGCAGAGGUGGAGCAAUCCAUUUUUUGCCCUUUGAUUUGGGAGUCAGCACAUGCUCGCUCCGUGUCCUCUCACUUUCUUUUGACCCCUCACGCAGUCAGCAAAUUUCCCUUGUCCACCCCGGUCAAGGUUGCAGGCCCUGUGCUGGGGGGAAGGAGACUCAGUCGCAUCAGUUCACAGAACAGAAUUGUGUUGGAGAUGAUGAAUGACAGAGGAGGGUUAGUUUCCUGUGCUCUCUCUCAGGUGACCCCCCGGCCUUCUGCCAGCUGCUUGGCCACUGAGUUCAUUCCAUUCCCCAUUUUGCCCGUUUUCUAUCAAUAUUUUUUAAAAACCAUAUUAUAAAACAUAGUACUUUGAAAUCUACUACUGGUUUUAAUCUUUUCUUCUAAAUACACUGAAUUUAGAUAAGACAUUAGAAAAUAAUUUCGUUUAGCUAAAAGAAGGAUCAUUAAACAAUGAUUUUAAAAAUCACAUGUCUAGAAAUUCAGCAUCCAAAUAAAUUGUGUAUUUAUUCAUUCAGAGUGUGUGUGUGUGUGUGUGUGUGUGUGUGUGUGUGUAAAACACCCGCCACGUGCAGGUACUUUGCCACCUGAGGUGAGAGUAGCGAGGAAAGCCAUUUUCUCUGAUCGCAUGGGUUUUGCAUUCUUCUGAGAUUUUGUUCUUUAAAAUCAUCUCCCAAGAGUAUUUGAUCGACUCUUGUUUGGAAAUGCCUUCAGAAUCUGUAGAUUUUUUUCUUUUUCCUCCAAAAAGAAGAUAGCUUAAUGUUUUUAGAAUCACAAAAUGGUACUUACUGUAAGCAGUUCAAAUAUUAAACUAUAAAUAAGAAGGUAAAAUAUAAUCUGAAAUUCUACCAUACUAGAAGAAGAGAGAAUUGUUAUAUAUCUACACACAUAUGUACAUAAUUUGAAUAUACAUGGAAUUAUGCUCUAUAUACUGUGCUGUGGACAUAGCUGAAUUUUGAAAGAAAUUUCAAAGUAGGACUUCAGAAGUGUUGUGAGUAAUAUGAGUACCAGCAAAGUCAGCGGGGUGGGGCCGCAUCUUGGUACCCUUGGCGUCAGAAUGUUUUUGAUGCUACCAUCUGCAUCACAACCUCUUUAUCUCUGUGACUGGCAUGUGGAAUAGCAGCCCUAGAGAUCACAACUCUUGAGUAGCCCGUGAAGAGAAAACCGGACUCAUAUCUUACCACGAUUCUGGUUUCCUCCUGUAGAAUUCAGUUUGGGUUCCUUCAGAGCAAAGUGAUCGAUCACAUCCCUGUCUGGGAAUCAGGGUCCUGCCCCUGCGGGCGGCAUUCAAGGCUGGCUAUGGUGAACCUCCAGAGAGAGCUGGCCACCAAGAUGCUUUUGCUCAGUUGCUGUAUUCAUGCGCUGUUCUUUGGGGAAGAGACAGUGUAUUGAUCCUAAUGAGUUAAUUAUUUGUUCUUUGGUAUCCUGGCUGAGUACUGAUAGCGUACUAGAAAAGGACAGCAAGGCAAGUGACCCGGCUUGGCUGGGUGACGUGCGGUCUAGCUGAGAAAUCUGGUUUUAUGUUCAUGGCUUUCAUCCAAAGAAAGACACUCAAGAACCUUUCAAAGAUAGUUUCUAUCUUUUCAAGGCUUUAAGCUAUGCAUUCACACUCUUAGAGUUGGAGUUGGAGUUCCUUUCCGGAUGCACGCAAAUGCUUACCUGCUUCCUUGUUUCCGGAGCAGAAAUGUCAUCAAGGUUUUCCAGGCCACCAUCUUUAUUUACAUUCUUCCAGUUCUGUGAGAUUUUUGUUAUUUUUAAAAAAUGUAAUCUGAGCACUUUUUUUAAAGUAUUCUAUAAAAGAGGCUAUUACCAAAUGAAUAUAUUAUUCAUUUGAUUAAAAUUAUUUAGAUAAGAAAUCAUUACUGUUUAGCUUUGCUUUCAGACAAUGUAUCCUAUUUUUUAUCCAUUUUGCAAAAUAUCACUUGUGUGUGGUUUCUUAACAUAGCAGAAUCUAUUAUGUAAAUGAACCUUUUCAGAUAUCUGAGCAGUCUAUGGUUUGAUUGUAUAGGCUUUGUAAUAUUUAAGUGUGAAUAAAAAUGAGGAAGAAUAUAAUGACGAGUUAUCUAGAAGGUUUUGGUGGUUGCUAACUUUAAAGAAAAGAAGGAAAUGAAAUGGAAACAUAAUGUUUGAAUUAGAAGUUAUUCAAAUGUGUGUUCUUUUCCAAAAGAAAACCAGUGACUAAAGCAAAACAAGUUUGAUUGCAUGUGAUUUUUUUUUUUGCUCUUGUGUAUGCCUUUUGAACAGUCCAUUUGAUAAAUCUUGAAUGAAAAAAAUAAAGCUGUUUCUAUCUGCA